AGGGGCGGUCGUGAGGUCAUCGGUGGUCGCCGGGAGACGCAAGCACGUGGCGCGAAGAGGGCGGGACGCUGACUGUCAGCGGCGGAGGGGAACCGGUGCCGCCGACUCGCGCCUCCGCCGCGGCGUCCUCCCGACAUGCCGGAGGAGGCGGGCUUCCCACCCGCCAAGAGAUUCCGACCGGGUUCCGGGCCUCCCGGAAGGCUAGUGACGAUGCUGCUGACGGCGGGCGGCGGCGGAGGCCGGAGGCCCUCGGCGAGCCCGUACCGCGAGGCCCUCGAGCUGCAACGCCGGAACCUGCCCAUCUUCCAGGCGCGGGGGCAGCUCUUGGCCCAGCUGCGAAACCUGGACAGCGCCGUUCUCAUCGGGGAAACUGGCUCUGGGAAGACAACUCAGAUCCCUCAGUACCUCUAUGAGGGGGGCAUCAGCCGCCAGGGCAUCAUUGCUGUGACCCAGCCCCGUCGAGUGGCUGCCAUCUCUCUUGCUACUAGAGUCUCAGAUGAGAAGAGGACUGAACUCGGGAAGUUGGUGGGCUAUACAGUGCGCUUUGAGGAUGUCACCUCAGAAGAUACCAGGAUCAAGUUUCUAACAGAUGGCAUGCUUCUGCGGGAAGCGAUUUCAGACUCCAUGCUAAGGAAGUACAGCUGCAUCAUCUUGGAUGAAGCCCACGAACGUACUAUCCACACAGAUGUGCUCUUUGGAGUAGUGAAAGCCGCACAGAAGAGGCGGAAGGAGCUGGGGAAGCUGCCACUGAAAGUGGUUGUGAUGUCAGCCACAAUGGAUGUGGACCUGUUUUCUCAGUAUUUCAAUGGAGCCCCUGUCCUCUACCUGGAAGGUCGGCAGCAUCCAAUCCAGAUCUUCUACACUAAACAGCCUCAGCACGAUUACCUGCACGCAGCUCUUGUCUCUGUCUUCCAGAUCCACCAGGAAGCCCCAUCUUCUCAGGACAUCCUAGUGUUCCUCACUGGUCAGGAGGAGAUUGAAGCCAUGAGCAAGACCUGCCGAGACAUCGCAAAGCACCUCCCGGAUGGCUGCCCCUCACUGCUGGUCCUCCCUCUCUAUGCCUCCCUGCCCUACACACAGCAGCUCCGAGUCUUCCAAGGAGCCCCGAAGGGCUAUCGCAAAGUGAUCAUUUCAACCAACAUCGCAGAAACCUCCAUAACCAUUACAGGAAUAAAAUAUGUAGUUGACACGGGCAUGGUUAAAGCAAAGAAGUAUAACCCUGACAGUGGUCUUGAGGUAUUAGCUGUGCAGCGGGUGUCAAAGACCCAGGCCUGGCAGCGCACGGGGAGGGCUGGCCGAGAGGACAGUGGUGUCUGCUACCGGCUCUACACUGAGGAGGAGUUUGACAAAUUUGAUAAGAUGACUGUACCAGAGAUCCAAAGGUGCAACCUGGCCAGUGUGAUACUUCAGCUCCUAGCAAUGAAAGUCCCAAAUGUGCUCACCUUUGACUUCAUGUCUAAACCGUCUCCCGAUAAUAUUCAUGCAGCCGUUGCCCAACUGGACCUGUUAGGUGCUCUUGAACGUAAGGAUGACCAGCUCACCUUGACUCCAAUUGGAAGAAAGAUGGCAGCAUUUCCUUUAGAGCCCAAAUUUGCCAAAACCAUCCUCCUGUCCCCCAAAUUCCACUGUACAGAAGAGAUCCUGACCAUUGUCUCCCUGCUGUCCGUGGAUAGUGUUCUCUACAACCCUCCUGCCCGACGGGAUGAAGUGCAAGCAGUCCGGAAGAAAUUCAUAUCCAGUGAGGGUGAUCACAUUACACUGCUCAAUAUCUAUCGGACCUUCAAAAAUAUAGGUGGAAAUAAGGACUGGUGCAAAGAGAAUUUUGUCAAUAGCAAGAACAUGAUGCUGGUAGCUGAAGUCAGAGCACAGUUGAGGGAAAUAUGCUUAAAGAUGUCCAUGCCGAUGGUGUCAUCACGAGGAGACAUGGAGAGCAUCCGCCGCUGCUUGGCUCAUAGCCUCUUCAUGAAUACUGCUGAGCUGCAGGCAGAUGGGACCUACGCCACCACAGACACCCACCAGCCAGUGGCCAUCCACCCUUCCUCUGUCCUCUUCCAUUGCAAGCCAGCCUGUGUGGUGUAUACGGAGCUGCUCUACACCAACAAGUGCUACAUGCGAGAUCUCUGCGUUGUGGAUGCUGAGUGGCUGUAUGAGGCUGCUCCCGAGUAUUUCCGGAGGAAGCUGAGAACUGCCAGAAACUGAACCACACUCAGGUUCUACCAGCAUGGCUGGUGCCUAGAGCUUGGACCACAACUGACCUUGUCUCUGACUCCCAAGUCAGCAGCUAGAGGAGCUGUGAGUUUCAGUGCAGCUGAACGUGUCCGACUUCCAGCAGCAGAGAACACCUUUGCUGAAACUCCUCUGACUGAACCACAUAGAUGUGUACAUAUUAUUUAUACCUUGGUCACUUCCUGCCAUAGGUUCUUGCGAGGUGACUUUGGGUAACUUAAUUUCAGAAUCUCAGCUUCUUAUCUGUCAGGAAAGGGAUGAGAUUCAUAAUACUUGCUUACAGGGCUAGGAUCAUAAAGUUUAGAGAAAAUGAAUGUAGUUACCCAGUUUUGUUUAGUGCAAAGUAAACAUGCAAUUGUGGCCAGGCAUAGAGGCCCACAUCUGUAAUCUCAACUGCUUGGGCAGUAGAGACUGGGAGGAUCAUGGUUCAAGGCCAGCCCAGGCUAAUAGUUAGUGAGAUAAUCUCAUCUCAAAAAUUAAGGCUGGGAUUGUGGUACAAGCCUGUAAUCUAAGCCACAUGGGAGGCCGAAGUAGGAAGAUAGCAAUCUGAGGUUGGC